CAGCCGCUGAGGCGAGCUCCUCGCCGGCUGCUGGUAGUCGCCGUGAGGGCGGGCGGGCGGACGGACGGGGCCUAUCGCCAUCCUCGCCAUGCCGGAACUGGCGGUGCAGAAGGUGGUCGUUCAUCCGUUGGUGCUGCUCAGCGUGGUGGAUCACUUCAACCGAAUAGGCAAGGUUGGGAAUCAGAAACGUGUGGUCGGAGUGCUGCUGGGAUCCUGGCAGAAGAAAAUACUCGAUGUAUCCAACAGUUUUGCAGUUCCUUUUGAUGAAGACGACAAAGAUGACUCAGUCUGGUUUCUAGACCAUGAUUAUUUGGAAAACAUGUACGGAAUGUUUAAGAAGGUCAAUGCCAGAGAAAGAAUAGUUGGGUGGUACCACACGGGCCCCAAACUGCACAAGAAUGAUAUCGCCAUCAACGAACUCAUGAAAAGAUACUGUCCCAACUCGGUGUUGGUGAUCAUUGACGUGAAGCCAAAGGAUCUAGGGCUUCCCACCGAAGCUUACAUAUCAGUCGAAGAAGUUCAUGAUGAUGGAACUCCAACCUCCAAGACAUUUGAACACGUGACCAGUGAAAUUGGAGCAGAGGAAGCAGAGGAAGUUGGAGUAGAACACUUGUUACGUGAUAUCAAGGACACUACAGUGGGCACCCUCUCCCAGCGCAUCACAAACCAGGUCCAUGGUUUGAAGGGACUGAACUCCAAGCUUCUGGACAUCAGGAGCUACCUGGAGAAAGUGGCAAUGGGCAAACUGCCCAUCAACCACCAGAUCAUCUACCAGCUGCAGGAUGUCUUCAAUCUGUUACCAGAUGUCAACCUGCAGGAGUUCGUCAAGGCUUUUUACCUGAAGACCAAUGACCAGAUGGUGGUGGUGUACCUGGCCUCCCUCAUCCGCUCCGUGGUCGCCCUGCACAACCUCAUCAACAAUAAGAUUGCCAAUCGAGACGCGGAGAAGAAAGAGGGGCAGGAAAAAGAGGAGAGCAAAAAAGAGAGAAAAGAUGAGAAGGAGAAGGAGAAAGAAAAGGAAAAGAGCGAUGCCAAGAAAGAAGAGAAAAAGGAGAAAAAAUGAAACUUGUAGCUUUUUUUAUUUGUAAAUUAAAAUCUUGUCAACUAAAA